AAAAGAGAGAGAGAGAGAAAGAGAAUAUGAAGAGUGAUGAGGGGUGGUGUUAAGAAGAAGGUGAGAUGCUUUCGGCUAAGCUUGCUCAUUCUGGCCUCGUCUAUGCUGUAUUGGGCAGUGAAGGAAUACAAAGAUCUUUGAACUUCUCUUUUACUACAUUUUUGCAACACCUACCUCUCUCUCUCUCUCUUCUUCACUGGUCCUAGGUUUGAUUUUUCUUUCUUUCUUUCUUUCUCUGAUUUUCCAACACUUCAACAUCAUCCCUUGUUAACCAACUAGCUCCCUCAUCUGAGUACUACUCUUUUUUCGCAUCAAACCCCAUUAUUUUAUUCUCAAUUUGAGAGAAACAAAGACAUAUCCCUCGAAACUCCCAAAACAAAAAACAAAACAGAGAAGAAAGUUCUGGUUUUAUUGAUGUGAGAGUGGUUUCAGGAAUCUGGGUUGGUUGGUUUGUUUAUUGUUUGUCUCCUUAAUGCUCUUGUGCUGCUUCAACUAGUCUUUCAAUUCUUAGCUAGAAUCUUUGAGGGGCUAGUUGAAGCAUAGAAGAAUGUGGGAUCUCAAUGACUCACCCGAUCAGAGGAAGCAUGAGGAAUCAGAAGGGUGUUCUUCUCUCAAAACAUCAACCAUCGAUGGCGGAGACGAUGAGAAAGGGAAGAGGGUCGAUGGAUCUGUUUCCAAUUCAAGUUCUUCUGCGGUGGUCAUCGAGGAUGGAUCAGAAGAAGAUGAACCAGAAGAAGGUGAGAGGGAAGGUACAAAAGCAGCGAUGAUGAUGAUGAAGAAGAGAAACAGCAGCAAGAUAUUCGGGUUCUCUGUCACCGGAGAAGGUGAAGAAGAGUCGUUUUUGUUGGACAGUGAAAACCCGCCGGUGACUCAUCAAUUUUUCCCGGUGGGGGAACAUGAAAAGGCGGUUGUAUCAGGUGGUGGCGGCGGCGGUGGUGGAGGCUCUUCCUUUCCUCGUGCUCACUGGGUGGGUGUGAAAUUUUGCCAAUCGGAAGCGCCGGGUGCCGGAAAAUCAGUGGAGGUUUCGCAGCCGAUGAAGAAGAGUAGAAGAGGACCAAGGUCUAGAAGCUCUCAGUAUAGAGGAGUCACUUUUUACAGAAGAACAGGUCGAUGGGAGUCACACAUAUGGGAUUGUGGAAAGCAAGUGUAUCUUGGUGGAUUUGACACAGCACAUGCAGCUGCUCGUGCCUAUGAUAGAGCUGCGAUUAAGUUCAGAGGAGUAGAAGCAGACAUUAACUUCAACAUAGAGGACUAUGAAGAAGACUUGAAGCAGAUGACCAAUCUGACCAAGGAAGAGUUCGUGCACGUACUUCGCCGACAAAGCACUGGGUUUCCUAGAGGAAGCUCCAAAUAUAGAGGUGUAACAUUGCACAAGUGUGGAAGAUGGGAAGCACGAAUGGGCCAGUUUUUAGGGAAAAAGUACGUUUAUCUGGGUUUGUUUGACACCGAGAUUGAAGCUGCAAGGGCUUAUGACAAAGCAGCAAUAAAAUGCAAUGGCAAAGAGGCCGUCACAAAUUUUGAUCCCAGCAUCUAUGAGAAUGAGCUUAAUUCUGCAGAAUCCUCAGGUAACGCUCCUAAUGAACAACAACACAAUCUGGAUUUAAGUUUGGGCAAUUCGGGUUCAAAGCCUGGUAGUAGUCAAGUGUUUGGGAAUCACACAACAAAUUCUGCAAAUCAUGAGCAGCACUUGCCAUCUCAAUCUAAUUGGCAGAAUGGGGGGAACAAGCCCAAGCUCAUGAGUAUACUACCGAAGCCUUUGCAUAGAAGCAACAAGGAAGUGCAUGGGGAGAGUGAAGCACUGAGGAUGCUGAGUCAAACUCACCUCCAUUCCUCAGCCUCUAAUGAAAUGCAAAGAUAUGUCCCCUACAGAUCUUCUGGAGAGUCUCCAAUGUUCCACAAUUUUGCACAUAUUCACCCUCCAAAUUUUCAUUUUCCCAGCAGCAGCUAUGGAGGUCGAGUUGGAAGUGAUCUAUCCUUAUCAUCGAGCGAUCAUCAACAUUUACAACAGUGGCAAUCCGGACCUCCACAUUAUUUAGCAACUGCUGCAGCAUCAUCAGGAUUCCCACCGCAGAUUAUAAGACCCUCUUCUUCUCAAGGUUGGCUGCAGAAAAAUGGGUUCCACACACUCAAGAGACCAUCCUAAUGUACAAUUUUUUCUGCCCCCGCCAGUAAUCACAUUCAAGUUAAAUAAUCUUUCAUAUAAUAUAUAAAUAUUUAUAUA